ACCAGAAAGGUGAGAUUUUUGUCUUUCUUGGCACAUGCAGCAUUACUAGUUAUAGUUUAUGGCCCUCGUGAUAAAUAAUAACUUUUGGGAUUACAACUUAGUUAUAUCUAGAAAAGGCUCUUGUCACAUGUAAUUUACAAUAACGCUGGUUUCAACAGAGAUCUCUUCACAAGUACAUUAGACGUUUCCUGUGUGGUGUGGGGUGGGGAUGCGAUUUAGUGAUAUCUGUUCGUCGACAAAGCAAGACAUGGUCACAAUGGCAGACCCAAAUACCUCAUACCUUUUGAUUGUGGAGGACUUUGGUGAAUUCUUCAACUACGGUGAAUUCUUCAACUACACUGACUUCAACACAACUUAUGUGCUUGACGAAAACACCCUAACCUGCGAUUCUUCCCCCAUUUCCUCUGGUGUGACAGUCGUCUUAUGUGCCUUAUACAUCCUCAUCUUGCUCUUGGCCAUUCCUGGGAACCUGGUGGUGGGGCUGGUGAUAGCCUCCAGCAAGCACCCACUGUCUCCCUCUGACUUAUACCUCCUCCACCUGGCUGUUGCCGACUUCCUGUUGGCUCUCACCCUCCCUUUCUGGGCCGCUUCUGUCACCGUGGGCUGGGUGUUUGGUGACGCCAUGUGCAAACUAGUCAGUGUCUUCCAAGAGGUCAGCUUCUAUGCCAGCAUCCUGUUUUUGACCUGUAUCAGCGUGGACCGUUACCUGGUGAUCGUGCGAGCCAUGGAGGCGUCCAAGGCUGCUCGUCGCCGAGAGGUCAGCUGGGGCACCUGUGCCGCUGUCUGGCUCGUGGGCGGCCUGCUGUCCCUGCCCGGUCUCUUCAACCACGUCUUCCUCGUACGCAGCACAGAGCAGAUGACAUGCACCGAGGGUUAYGACCCAGGCAGCGCUGAGGCAUUGCGGCUGGUCAUACGGGUUCUCGGGCACAUGUUAGGGUUUCUACUCCCUUUGACCGUAAUGGUGGUGUGCUAUGGUGUGAUUGUGGCUCGACUCCUGCGGACCCGGGGCGGUUUCCAGAGGAACAGGGCCAUGAGGGUGAUUGUUGCGCUGGUUUUGGCCUUUCUGCUGUGCUGGAUGCCCUACCACCUGGUGGUGAUGGCGGACACCCUAUUCCGGGCAAAAGUGGUGAGGUACGGGUGCCGAGAGAGGAGUGCUGUGGACACCGCCAUGUUCGCCACCCAGAGUCUGGGCCUGCUGCACAGCUGCGUCAACCCGGUUCUGUAUGCCUUUGUCGGGGAGAAGUUUAGGAGGAGGCUGCUCCAGAUGCUCCAGAAAGCGGGUGUGAUGGAGCAGCGAGCGUCGUUGACCAGGGCCAGCAGAUACUUCUCUCAGACCUCGGAGGCCACCUCCACAUUCAUGUGAUCUUAAAAUGUGUGUUUUACCCCUGAUUUAUAAGAAGAAUCAAUGAGUCAUGAUGAGGACUCCGGUGCUAUGCUGUGGGUGUGCAGGAAUACGCCCACAUAAAUAUCAACAAACUGGAAUUUUAAAACUGCCUUACUUGAGACCACAUUUGUCUUUACAUGUGUUAUUGUAUUAACUCAAUGCAUCGAAUGUUUGCGAAAAGGAAGUGUAACGCCCCUGGCGGGUAUUGAACGUAUGUCUCCCAGCAUGUAGGCAAACCUGCUAACCACUGCUCCAAUAAAUCUGUACCAUUUUGGGGGAUAUAGUAACAGGCCUACGUAGGCAAGGUCCAUGACAUUAUUUUCUAUUCAUAAACAUUGUUUAGGGACAAUUCUGAAAAUAAUAAGUAUGUCAAAAAUAUUGACAUAACAAACUUGGCGAUGCCAUACAUAUGCAUGUUUUCCGUUCUAAAUCAGACCUUUCAUAAAACUGCGUGUGUGAAUUCACCUUUUUUUGUUGACAAUAGCGCCCUUUUUUGCUGUAUAAUAUGGAACUAUUGAAAUUAGUUUCUAAAAGAAAGAGCAGUGGCACAUUUUGAUGACACUCCUGUAGAGGUGUGGGCAGAAUGUUUUAAUAUUUUAGUGACUUUUUUUCAAACUAAAUAUGCAUGCUAUCAAAUAUAGCAGGUGCCAAACACUUGAUUGAUUGUACAUUAGAAACAUCUUAAGUGAAAUUCUACAGCCCACACUUCUACAGUAUGCAAAAUACAAAAUGUUCAUCAUUUUGUUAAUCAAUAGAUGAUGUUUCUAUCUCCUGCCUUGGUUUAGUCUCUGAUAUUAAAGAGGCUAUUACCUUGUGCUCCUAUUGCACAGCAAUACUGUAGCCAAUACCCAUACUGUCAAAUAUUUAACAUAAGCUACCAGUCUAUUUACUGUGUUGGCAGAAUGCUUUAAUCUUUUGCAUUAACUUAUGCUGUAUUUGGCAAAGUACUGAAUGUUUCUGAAAAAGAAAAUGAUGUCAAAUUGUUGUGGACCUGUCAAUAUAAUGUUUUAAUUUAAUGUUUUGUAAUGACUUUCCCCCAAACCUAAUAUGCUGGACUGUCAGCAAAUUGUCUAGGCUACUCAAAAACAAAUAAUUGAAUUAUUCAAAAAAUUAAACACAGAUUUUUGCUCUUCUCACUAACUGCAAAUGGCUGCAACUUAUGUUUAAGUAUGUUGUGACACAUGUAUGGUCAUAUUUUUGCCGUUUUUAUUUCAUUUUGUUAUUUUAUGGGGCCAUGCCUUGUCAAUUUUUAGGCCGUCUAGGUAUUUGCAUUUAAAUUAAUGUGUAUGAGUGCUGUGACAUCAAAUGGGCGCGUUAGUGAGGUCUUGGAGGUUUCUUCUUCAAUCUUGUAGAAUGCCUACUACUGAACACCACUAACGUUUCUCCAUCAAUCUAUCCUGUUAAUUCAGGUAUGUAAUGUGCAAUAUGUUGCGGUAACAUGGUUAUUUACAUAGUCCAUGAGUUUAGUGACGUUUAAAGGAGGGAAUAUUAAUCGAGUGAAAAACUUGUUGGUAUGUUCCCCAUUGUAAGUAAUGAAGGUUGGCUAGGUUGCUAAUGGUUUACAUGGAAGGGAUUAGAUGGCACCCAAACUUUUUUUGUACUUUUUUUCAACAGUGUUUUAGCUCUUGUUUUAUUUUCUAGGAACGAAGGCAGUUUAGUUCAAGGAAUAUAUGCGAUGUGACGUUAAAAUGUGUUAAACUGUUGAUAUCUGUU